AUGCGUGGGACUUUCAUUCUUUCUCUGCUUUCUGCGGCGCUGGGUGCCUCUGCUGGUCUGACGACUUCUAACCUGAAAACUCACGUCGAUGUGCUGGCACUCGACAGUGCCUUCAACCCCGUCAAGGAAGCCUACUGGACUGAUUAUCCACACCACCGUCGCACUCCUUUCGCGGUAUCCCCUGAUGGGAAUUCUGCCUACAUUGCGUAUCUGGAUUCUAGCGAGACCGAUGUUCAUAUUCAGCAGUUGGACCCUACGACUUUCGAGGCUACGGGCACGACGGUGACCGUCUCUGGUGGAAAGGAAGCCGGAGGUCUUGUCGCUCACAAUGAUGGUUUCGCUGUUCUCGUCAACGAAGCUAUGCCUUCGGGCACCACCAAUGCGCCGCCCAGUGAUACCCCCGUUGCUGUCUUGUACCGCUACACCGAUGGAAAGCAGACUUGGAAGACUUGGCUGGGUGGACCGGGAGUGCAUGCCUCUGAUGGCCUCUCUUCCUCCCCGGACAUGAACGGUGACCUCGUCUACUCUGAAAGCGAAGAGCUCUACGGUGCAUACUUCGUUGUCACCGAUUACACUGGGGACGCCUCCGGUCACUACGGUGACAGCAUCCAGUACGUUACCAAGGCCGGAGACCUGGACACAAUCACCGGUGCAUCAAGCUCCUGGGGAUGCAGCCACAACACCGGUAUUGCGUUCGAGGAUGCCGACCAGGCUCCUUUCGCCAGUAUCUGCGCUGAGGACCAGGGCGCUAUCUGGCUAAACACUAAGGGACAAGGCAUGAUGAACGAUGGAGUCAAGAUCUCCAACGAGAACACCACCAACGGUGCCUCUGGUGAGCCCAUGGGUGGUAUGUCGGGUAGUUACAGCGCGCUGGCUCGCUUUGCCGACACCACUAAGUACAUCUUCGCCUGGGUUUCUCGCGGUGCCAUUGAUGUGACCGAAAACACCUGGAUGGGCGAUGGUUACACUCACGUCAACAACCGCACCAACGGCCGCAACGUUGCCAUCUCCCUAUUUUCGGACAAGUACACCAAGGUCGGCGACCAGGCCACCUCGGUGGUUGGCACUGAGGAUGGAGACAGCCAGGUCAACUGGGUGACUCAAGGAUCGAAUGACUGCUCCAAUGCCCACGCGGCAACCUUCGGCACCAGCUCGGCCCUGAUCACCUGGGAAGAGAUCUCGGACCCGAUCUGUGACUACAUUGCGAUGGGUUGUCGGGGACAGUUUGCAGGCACUUUCUUCCAGGAGGUGAGCUCGGAUGGUAGCAAGGUUGGUGAUGCUUUCACCAGAAACGAUGUCUAUAUUGCAGGUGACAUGGUCACUAUGUCGGAUGGUCGUAUUUGCUGGCCGUAUGUUAGCAUGGAGUGGGACCUGUCGCAGGCGGUUGGGUAUGGUACUACUUCUUCCACUACUAAAAAGAUGUCUUUUGCUUGCAUGGGCACUGAAGAGACCACCAACACCACCACUUCUGCCGGGACCACGACUACUGCUGCUGCCACCAAGACUGCUGCUGCUGCUGUGGAGACUACUGCUGCCGCUUUGGAGACUACUUCCAAUGUUAGCAGUGUUGCUAUUGCGACAACUUCUGCUGCUGCUGUCGCCGAGACUCCUGCUGCGGCAGAAACCACUGUCGCCGCCGUUGCGACCAUCACUUCCGCUGAAACUACUACUUCUGCUGCCGCUGAGCAGGCUGAGCAGGCUGUGCAGGCUGUGCAGGCUGUGCAGGCUGUGCAGGCUGUGACUACCUUCGCUACCCAGUCUCGUCAGUCUUCGAAGCCCAGCAUCGUCAUGGCUACCCCUAGCAGCGCUGUAACUGCCCAGGCCAUCCCAACUGGCAGUGCUCAGGAUACUCUGGACUUUAUCCGAGCUGUUUUCAGAUACCUCGUCGGCAAAAAGUAA